GUAACACGAUGAUUGAAAUAGGAGCAGCUUAUAUCCACGGCCCGUCUGAGAAGAACCCAGUGUUCUGUCUGGCCAGAGGCUAUAACCUCCUGGAACCCAAGACCCUCACCCCUGAGAACCAGGCCGUGAAUGUUGGGGAAUAUCCUCCUCUGGUUCCCAACUGGUUCAGCAGUUCAGGUCAGAAGCUGAGUGCUGAAAGCAUGGAGCCUGCUCUGGAGUUGUUUCACGAACUUAUAGAAAACACUCCUUCAUCUAAGAAUCACAAACAAAGAUCCUGGCCGAGUGUUGGAGAUUUCAUAAGAUCAGAGGUACGAAGACGAGCGGCGAAGAGGUGGAACGAAAAAGACAAGAACACCAGGAAGCUCCUGCUGGGAGCUAUUGAUACUAUGCUGAAGGAAGAGUGUUGUGCAAGUGCAACACACUCAAUGGACACGUUAGACCUGGUUGGAUUUUCUAUGUAUGAGAAUAUAGAAGGAGUGGACUGCACCUUCCCAAGAGGUUUUGAAGGCCUGAUCAGCAGCCUGAUGUCAGAGCUACCCCCUGACAUAGUGACCUACAAUCGACCUGUGCGCUGCGUUCACUGGAACAACACAAAGGGAGGGGAAAAUCCUGUGAUGAUUGAGUGUGAAAACAAGGAGAUUAUUGCUGCUGAUCAUGUGAUUGUUACUGUGUCCCUGGGAUGCCUGAAGAAGCAUCACUCAACUCUGUUCUCGCCUCCUCUUCCAUCCCAGAAGCUGCUUUCCAUUUCCAAACUAGGAUUUGGAACAUGUGAUAAAAUCCAUGUGGAGUUUGAAUCCCCGUGGUGGGAUGCUGAAUGCGAGAUCAUCUAUCUGCUGUGGGAGGAUGAGGAGAAGGUUUCUGAUGAGAUGAAGGACAUUAGCAAACACUGGAUACGGAAAGUGUCAUCGUUCAAUGUGCUCAAGCACUCGGAGAGUAGCAGCCAUGUUCUUUGUGGCUGGAUUUCUGGAUAUGAAGCAGAAUAUAUGGAGACACUUCCUGAGGAGGAAAUCAAGCGUUCCAUCACAGAGCUCAUCCAUACUUUCACAGGAGACCACACCAUAACACCAAGGAGAGUUGAAUGUACCCAGUGGUUUCAUGAUCCCUGGACUUUAGGAUCCUACAGUCAUCCAGCAAUAGGCUGUUCACUGCAAGACCUCAAAAACCUGAUGGAGCCACUUCCUAAAAGAGGAACACAGCCACAGGUGUUGUUUGCUGGAGAGGCGACUCAUCCCUGUUACUAUUCCACUGUGCACGGAGCCCUCCUGACCGGAUGGAGAGAAGCUGAUAGACUCAUCUCUCACUAUUAUUCUUGCAGUCCCUUCUCAUCAGACGAAACAAGUUAAAGAUUAAAUAUACCUGUUUAAUAUCAAACAAUUCUUUUGUGCCUUUAAAUCAGUUUACAUUGGAAAGUCAGAUUCAAUUAUCUGUGUAUCUGUUUGGCUUCACUGAAGGACAGGAAUGACCAGUUUCAGACUGAAGGCAGAGAGGAAAAUGAUCUCUGCCUGACCCAAACAAAGUCUUGUUAUCCAAAUCUGACGCCAAGGCAGCCUUCGAGAUGCCAACAACAACAACCCCCACGAAGGAAGGAAUGCAGACAGAUGCUGUGAACCCCCCCACCCCCACCCCGCCUUCAGAUUGUGGACUUCUGCCUAGGGAGGUCAUCAACCUGCAGGGUCAAUUCCUGCGUUCCUCCCAAGAUCUCCCUCCCUAUUGUGAUGUUGUGUUGUGUUAUCUGUUGCUUAUCUUUUGAGGUGUUUUUUUUUUUUCGCAGAGCAAAGCUGCCCUCCUGGGGGGAGAGUAGCUGUGGAGUGCCUUUUUUCCCCUCCUCCCGAAUCCAUUCCUCAUGUUAUCCUUUUUUCCCUCUCUAUUAAGGUAGCGCGUUGGUUGCGAAUGACCACAGCCAGCAAUUCUUGUCAUGUGUCUUGCCCAGUAUGUCUGAUCUUUGAAUUGUGUGUACUGAAACUCUAAUUUUCCUUCCCUGGGACAAAUAAAGCUUUUCAUUCAG